UUUAUUUAUUUAUUUAUUUUUCAUAAUUUGCGUGAUUUAAAGGAGGCAAUGUGCAUAUUGAAAAAAGGAUUUACACUAUAUAAAAAAGACUAUAACCGAAUGUUCCUUGUGUUGGAGGUGUCAGAUAAAGUAUGGGUUGAAAAGCUUAAGACAGAUUGCAAUAUGGUGGGAGCGAGAAUGGUUGUAUUGGACUUGUCUUGGAAGAAUGAUCUUUACCGAGAAGCAAUCAUUAACUACACUGCCGAUUCGGGUCACGAACCUAUGAAUGCAAUAAUUGGAGCGAAGUUCAACGAAACCUCAGGACGUGCAUAUUGGUUUGAUUCUGAUUCCCCGUUCGAGUACAACGAUCUGGUCAGUGAUGCUACACCAGGAGACAACAACACGUGUGUAGCUAUGAAACACGCCACACAGUAUAGAUGGGAAUAUGUUCCAUGUUCCGGAUUUGCUGGCGUUGUCGCAUGCGAAAUUCCCCCAAAGACCUGAGGUGGGGGUUGGUGAGGUUGUGUUGUUGUUUGGGGGGGGGGGGGGGGGGGGGGGGGGGGGUUGGUUUGUUUGGGUCUUUGUAUUAAUUAAUUAUUUAUUUGUUUUAACAUUUUAUUUUACUUUUAUUUUAUUUUCGUCUAGUUGCUGAAAUAUCGCAAUUACAAGUUCUUAUAUGUCUUCACAACUAUCUUAAAUCGACUGAUCCUUGUUACCGAGACAUGUAUCUUAUUGGCUUCUCGUGUCUGUAUUACGUCUUCAGUUUCAGUGAUUCUGUUUUUGUAAUUUCAUCCCAACGGGCUAAGAAAAUAAACUGUUCCC